AUCUUGCACACCAGAAGAAACGUCACGUUAAGUUGUGCAAGCCCAUCCUCCUCCACCUACAAUGUAUGUAUUAUGAAAACCUGCAUUUCAACUUAGCCCGUAAAAACCACUAACAUAUGUACACGAAAUACUAAUCAGAACUAACUUGGUAUUCGAAUUAUCAGACAAUAGAUUAGGUAUUCUAACUUUCCGUUUGAUCAGUUAAAGUGUACGAUCUACUCUGCGCGCCGUUUAACCCCUAACGUAUCUCCCCUGGCUCGUUGGUAAACGACCACUGUGACCUCACUUCCGGUUGCGCGCGCGCUCUCCCUCAUCCAAUGAUGUUCCGAAGAAGGCGCUCGCGGGGCUGCCGUUUCCUCACCAUGGCAACCGUCGUUUUGUAAACCAUCCCUUCUUCGUGUAGGACCACCGCCGGCUAGUCAUGGCUGAGCUGGGUCUGAAUGAUCACCACCAGAAUGAAGUUAUCAACUACAUGCGAUUUGCACGCUCUAAACGUGGCCUGCGCCUCAAAACAGUAGACUCCUGUUUUCAGGAUCUUAAGGACAGCAGGCUGGUGGAAGAUACUUUCACUAUUGAUGAAGUAACAGAUAUGCUGGAUGGCUUGCAGACUGUGGUACACAGUGAGGUGGAAUCUGAACUAAUUAACACAACAUACACCAAUGUAUUACUUCUGCGCCAGAUUUUUUCUCAAGCGGAGAAAUGGUAUCUUAAAUUGCAAACUGACAUUUCUGAACUGGAAAACAGGGACUUACUAGAACAAGUUGCAGAGUUUGAAAAAUCCGAAUUUACAUCUGCAAAUAAGAAGCCUAAUCCAGAGCUGGUUAAACCUAAACUUACUCCGUUACAUGAAGGAGCAUCAGAAUUGCUAAAUAAGGAAAUUGCAAGACUCCAAGAAGAAAAUGAAAAACUGAAGACUAGAUUAAAGACAAUAGAAAUGCAGGCAACCACUGCACUGGAUGAAAAAUCAAAGUUGGAGAAGGCUCUACGGGAUGUACAGAUUGCUCAGGGGGAUCAGAAGUACAACACUUCUCAGGAUAUUAGUGAACUAGAAAAUACUGUGGCUGAUCUGAAGUGUCAGUUUGAAAAGACGUUGCAAGACAGUAGUGCAAGCCAAAAAUCUUUGGAAGAGAAUCUGGUGUCAGCAAAGCAUGACCUUCUUAAGGUUCAGGACCAGUUGGCUAUGACUGAGAAGGAAUUAGAGAAGAAGUUCCAACAAACAGCUGCCUACCGUAACAUGAAAGAGAUUCUGUCCAAGAAGAAUGAGCAGAUAAAGGAACUACGAAAGAAGCUUUCAAAAUAUGAACCUGAUGAUUAGGAUCUGAAGAGUAUUUCUUUGUCAUGAAAUGGGACCUGUUUUUCCAUCUGUUGCAAUUUAUACUUUCCAAGCAUUUCGUUUCUGUUUCUUUCUCUUUUUAAAACUAUUUAAUUAUUAGAAAGUUAUAACUGAGAAUUAAAAGUUAAAGAAAAGGCACAGUCUGAGCUUUCUGUGUUAUGCCUUUUUUGAAUAGCAACCUUGUGCUUUGCCUAGACAACUACAAGCACAGUGCUAUUAGCCAGUUCUCUGUGAAGUAGGAAAGUUUAUUAUUUCAAGUAAACUAUAAAGGUUAAGUUCCAGUUCUUUACAUACCUGUAAAAUGGAGGGCUAAGGGGUCUGUUCCCUGCAAUUUACACACUUCCCAAAUACGUCCUUUCUUUUACAGUUGUAUUAGCAGCAGAAAAAAUAUUUUCCAGGUAUUUUGCACAGUAAUUCAUUAAUUAGCACCUGUUAUGAAAAAUUUGCUGAGCAAUUUUCAACAGAGUUUUUGCACUGCAAAGAGAGGAACCUGCUCUAUUCAGGAAGCAAGCAAAUGUGGUAUCCAUGUUGAUUAACCAGUUAAAUAAAUGUGUAACUUACACAUCUAA